AGAUGACGGUUGGUGAAGACGCAAAGACAGAAAACAAAUCAGCUCAGACCUUCUCAGCCUCUAGGAAGGUUUUAGUUUCGCCUAUUCAUUGACCGGAAGUCCAGAAUCGGACCAUACCGUCGAAGAUGGCUCCGAUCAUCAGAUCUAGCCCAGCUCUCGCUUUCCUCGUUUUGCAGAUUAGCUUCAUCUUCUUUGCUUCCACUCUCCCACUCUCUUCUGGGUCUGAGGAUGGUUACACAAUCACUGGCAGAGUGAAGAUUCCACCAAGCAACGUGAUUGGUCACACAGCAAAGAGCUCUAAUGUCAAAGUUAUACUCAAUGGUGGACAGAGUGUUACAUUUCUCAGGCCUGAUGGAUAUUUCACUUUUCACAAAGUGCCUGCUGGGACUCAUCUGAUCGAAGUAUCUGCAAUGGGCUACUUCUUUUCUCCGGUACGAGUCGAUGUUAGUGCACGGCACCAUGGCAAAGUUCAUGCAACACUAACCGAAACCAGGAGGAGUCUUACUGAGCUGGUUUUAGAGCCAUUGAGGGAAGAGCAAUACUACGAGAUUCGAGAGCCUUUCUCCAUGUUGUCAAUGGUGAAAAGUCCGAUGGGUCUCAUGGUGGGAUUCAUGGUCGUGGUUGUGUUCCUAAUGCCCAAACUGAUGGAAAACAUAGAUCCAGAGGAGAUGAAGCAAGCACAAGAGGAAAUGAGGAGGCAAGGUGUGCCUUCGCUCUCGAGUUUGUUGCCAAGCGCCGGGGCUAGCCGUUAAGAGUUUCUCUGUCAGCUCAAUGUAUCACAAAACGAGCGGAGAAAGGGUAUCCCGUUCUUGUGAGAGACACACUCACUGUAAUAGAUUUGUAUUGUGUAAUAGAUCUUCAUAUUUGUAUUGUGUAAUAGAUCUUAAUAUUUGUGUUGUGUAAUAGCUAUUAAGAACAUAAGAAAAAACGAUAAUUUAAUGCAAUUUAAGAAGCA